AUGUACCACGGCGGAUUUUCGACCCCUAUAAUCUUCACUCUUACAACGACGCCAGGUACAUAUACCUACACCAUGUCAUGGGAGGCCCCUGCUAAAGGUAUUACUAUCGGUGGUGAUAAUACUUUUUACGUGGUUGGUUGUGAUUUUGAUGUCACGUUGUUCGAGUAUGGUACACAAGACGUCGUUGGUUCUUGUAUGAGUAGAUGCGGCGGUAAGAAGGCACCAACCGGCGUGCCUUGCAACGGAAUAGGCUGCUGCGUCAUCCAGUUACCAAGGGACCUGCCAGGCUUUCAGGCAAAACUUGUGAGCACUAAUACUACGGCAACACAAUCAGAUUGGUUGCACCCUGGCAUCAUGGCUUUCAUGUCACUUGAUGAUUAUGAGUACAGAGAUAACACAACUGCUAUUUUCUCAAGCUGGACGAAUGUAAGAAAUUUUCAUGGCGCGAUGCUUAGAGUAACCAUCGUGGACCAACCAAGCUGCGAAACUGCACAAAUGAAAAAUGCGAGCUAUGCCUGUAGCAGCUGCCAGAAUUCCUCAUCUGGUGGUUACGGGUGUUAUUGCAAUAGACAAGGCAACCCUUAUAUUUUAGAUGGAUGCAUGCAAGAUUAUAACCACAAGCCGAAAGAACACUGUCCCGCGUCAUGUGGAAACAUUACUAUUCCCUUCCCCUUUGGGCUCGAAGAAGGGUGUUUUGCAAACAAAAGAUUUCAUCUUAAUUGUACAUCUGGUAAUCUCACGGUGUCUUUCUCAGAAGAUGUACAGUAUAAUGUGACUGAUGUAUCCGUGGAAGAUGGGACUCUGACUGUUAACAACAUGGUGAACGGAAGUAAUGAAAAAGAGGCAAUAUUCAUCCAGACUAAAUAUGAUGGAUAUGGACUGUAUGCCCCUAUGGAAGAUCAAUUUGAUUUCUCUAUGGAAUACAAUAUUGUCAUAAAGUGGGCGGUUGCCAAUUUAACAUGUGAAACAGCUAUGCAAAAGGAUGCUAUGCAUGCAUGCCGCAGCUCCCAGAGCUAUUGCCUAAACGUCACCCAUGGGGAAAUAUUUAUGGGAUAUCGUUGCAAGUGUUCGACAGGCUUUCAAGGAAAUCAUGGGACAUGUCAAAAUUUUCUUGGAAGCUACACAUGCACGAGUUGCCCACAUAGAAAAGAGUUUGAUCCAAUAAAACAGCAGUGUGUUACAUCAGCCAAGCAACACAGUCUUCUUUUGGGUAUUGUAACUGGAACUGGAUGUGGCCUUGGUUCCAUAAUCAUUGCAGUCUGUGUAGUUGUCUUUACCAAGAAGUGGAAGAAAGGCGUCCAGAAGAGAAUCCGACAAGCACAUUUCAAGAAAAAUCAAGGCCUACUCUUGCAGCAGCUGAUCUCAGAUGAAAGUGCCACAAACAAAACAAAGAUAUUCUUCUUGGAGGAACUAGAGAAGGCAACCAACAACUUUGAUGCCACUCGUGUUCUUGGUUGUGGAGGAUACGGCACCGUUUAUAAAGGGAUUUUAUCUGACCAACGGGUGGUGGCUAUUAAAAAAUCUAAAAUUGUGGAGCAAACUGAGAUAGACCAGUUUAUCAAUGAGGUUGCUAUCUUAUCUCAAAUCAUUCAUCGCAAUGUAGUAAAGCUAUUUGGUUGUUGCCUUGAAUCCGAGGUGCCUUUACUAGUUUAUGAGUUCAUAUCUAAUGGUACACUGCAUGACCUUCUGCACAUUGAUGUUAGUCUUGAAUGCUUGUUGUCAUGGGAUGAUCGCAUUAGGAUUGCAAUAGAAGUAGCAGGGGCACUUGCUUAUCUGCACUCGGCUGCUGCAAUACCAAUUUUCCAUAGAGACGUGAAAUCUUCUAACAUACUAUUGGAUAGCAACUUCACAACAAAGGUUUCUGACUUUGGUGCUUCAAGGUCCCUUUCACUCGAUGAGACUCAUGUGGUGACUAUUGUCCAAGGAACAUUUGGUUACCUAGAUCCAGAGUAUUACCAUACUGGGCAGCUAACUGGAAAGAGUGAUGUGUAUAGUUUUGGAGUAAUACUUGUGGAACUUUUGACAAGAAAAAAACCAAUUUUUAUCAAUGAUCUAGGUGCAAAACAAAACUUGUCCCUUUAUUUCAUGGAAGGAUUGCAAGAAGGAGCUAUCAUAGAAAUAAUGGAUCCUCAGGUUGUCAAAGAGGCAGAUCCGGAAGAGAUUGGUGAUAUUUGCUCACUUGCAGAAGCAUGCUUGAGACUCAAAGGAAGAGACAGACCUACUAUGAAAGAAGUAGAUAUGAGGUUGCAAUUCCUGAGAACUAAGAGGCUAAGAAAAUGCAAUAUUCUCCCAGAGGUUAGUAACUCUGAUGCACAGAUGCUGCCCAGUUGCUACAGUCUAGAACAAGAACAUUCAUCCUCACUCACUCUGCCACGCUAA